AUGGCCGUCCCACGAAGUCGAGUCCUGGAUCUCCUCAAAGCCCAAUGCCGGAUCUUCAACACCACAUUCAACCCGACAAAUGCACGCCUGGGCAACAGCGUCCUCCGCCAACGACUCCGCGGUCCAUCAAUAGCCGCCUACUACCCUCGCCGGGUCGCCACGUUCGUCGACUUGAAGCGUCUAUAUCCAGGCAUGGAGCUGUACGACAAUUUCGAGGAGGAUCGCCUGGAGCACAUUCAGAUCGCAAAGAGCAGAGGGAAGGGUGCGCCGAAGAAGAAGCGGACAGCUGCUGAAAGCCGGAAGAAUCAAAAGGGAAAGAAGAAGUAGUCAGUGAAGCGGUAUCAGGCAUUUUCGAUUUUGGCGAGGCGUUUGGGAGGAUCUGUUCGGUGGGUUGCGAACAAGUCUGGUCUUCACGGUUUGCAUCACAGGAACUUUCGCAGUGGGACAGAGGCUACUUUUUCCGUACAGUCGCGAAUCAAGCAAAUCUGCAG